UACGAAUUUAAUCACAUGAUCGUCAUAAAGACCAUCUAGAAACUUUUUGCCCCAGGUCUGAUUUACUGUUUCUAGCCUCGUGUUGAAAAGAAUAAAAUCGUAUCCAAGAUGAAGAUGACAAUGGGUCAUGAUGCCAAAAAUGUUGUUAGCCGUAAAAAAGCUUUCCAAGAUAAAAGCAAACCUGCUGAUAUACGUAUUAGUAACAUUUUAGCUGCUAAAGCUCUCAGCGAUGCUAUUCGAACAAGUUUAGGUCCCCGUGGUAUGGAUAAAAUGAUCCAAGCUCCUAAUGGCGAGGUGACAAUCACCAAUGAUGGUGCGACUAUUCUAAAAGAGAUGAAUGUUAUUCACCCAGCAGCAAAAAUGCUGGUAGAAUUAUCAAGAGCACAAGACUCAGAAGCUGGAGACGGUACAACCAGUGUCGUAGUAGUUGCCGGAUCAUUAUUAGAAUCAGUAGACCGUCUGUUGAACAAAGGAAUUCAUCCAACAUCGAUAAGCGAAUCGUUCCAGAAAGCUGCUAGCAAAGCUGUUGAGAUUCUCACCAGCACUAUGUCUAUUCCAGUUGAUCUAGCAGACAAGGAAUCUCUGAUCAAAGCAGCAGCAACUUCUCUGAACUCAAAAGUUGUGUCUCAGCAGUCGAGUUUGUUGGCUCCGUUGGCAGUGAACGCGGUCCUGAAAAUAACAGAGCCUGGAAAAGAGCAGGCCACUGACUUGAAGGACAUCCAUGUCAUCAAGCAGUUGGGUGGUACUGUCGAAGACACUGAACUGAUUGAAGGAUUGGUGUUCACACAAAAGUCAUGCAACGUCAAUGGACCCAAGCGUAUCGAGAAAGCCAAGAUCGGGUUGAUCCAAUUCUGCAUUUCCCCGCCAAAAACUGACAUGGACCACAGCGUCAUUGUCUCUGAUUACUCAGCGAUGGACCGGAUCUUGAAGGAGGAACGUACCUACAUCCUCAAUAUCGUAAAGCAGAUCAAAAAAUCAGGUUGCAAUGUCCUGUUAGUUCAGAAAUCAAUUUUACGUGACGCCAUCAGCGACUUGGCCAUUCACUUCCUGGACAAAAUAAAGGUGAUGGUAAUCAAAGACGUCGAGCGCGAGGACAUUUCAUUCGUUUGCAAGACUCUGGGAUGCCGUCCGAUCGCUUCCUUGGACCACUUCACUGCCGAGAAUCUCGUCAACGCGGAACUCUGCGAGGAAGUUCAGACAGGCAGCUCCAAGUUCGUCAAGAUCACCGGAAUCCAGAACCCCGGACGCACUGUCACUGUUGUAGUCCGUGGUAGCAACAAACUCGUGCUCGAAGAAGCCGCGAGGUCACUCCACGACGCGCUUUGCGUCAUCCGCUGUUUGGUAAAAGAAAAAGCUCUGAUCGCCGGAGGCGGCGCGCCCGAGAUCGAAUUGGCUUUGAAAUUAUCAGCUUACGCUCAAACACUUGGGGGAGUCGACGCCUACUGCAUCAAAGCCUUCGCUGACGCUCUAGAAAUAAUUCCGUCUACUCUCGCUGAGAAUGCCGGGCUCAAUCCGAUCGCUACCGUCACUGAGCUGCGUAAUCGCCAUGCUCUGGGUGAGAUCACUGCUGGUAUCAACGUUCGUAAGGGAACGAUCACAAAUAUUUUGGAGGAAAAUGUCGUCCAGCCGCUUCUAGUUUCCACCAGUUGCAUUACUCUCGCAUCGGAAACUGUGCGCAGUAUACUUAAGAUUGAUGAUAUUAUCAACACAAUGCAGUAAUUUAUUUUUUAUUUUGAAUUUUAAAAUUAGCCAGUAAUAUUCCAGUAGCUAUUAAUUGAAAGCUAUAAUUAAAUUCAGAUUUUUUAAUUUGGAAUAAAAUAAUAGAGUUCCCUCUCUAUGGGGGAAUUAAUUUCUACAGCAUUAAAAAUUUUUACUGGGUAAUUUUAAAUCGUAAUUGAAGAAAAAUUCAUUUAUUUACAAUAAGCUCGCAUUUUAAUCACACGCUUACCAGCACAUAAUUUUCUACAGUAAAAAUAAAAAUUGUAUAAGAUAAUUAAAUAAAAAAGUAUUUGUUUUAUUAAAGAAA